AUGUUGUCGGCGUCUCAUUUCGUAUCUCAUGGCAUCCCUGGUAAGGUUCUUGAUGUCAAAGUAGUACUUUCUGAACACAAAAUCGAUGUUCAAGAAGAAACCCAGACUUUUCAAGACACAAUAGACAAGGGUAUUCAAGAAACAAGAACAGGAAUACUGAAGACCGAGAUGGAAUCGAUGGAUUCAAAGAUUUUAAACCAUUCACUUCAAAAAACGGACCCUCAUUCCUUUCAACCUCUUCAUCUCCUUCCCCCAAAUUCCAUUCGACUGCAACUCCUGGACCAAGGGAAAGUGAAAUUGUGGAAAUUUUCAGAAAAGUCCGAGCCUAACUUCGGGAAUGAGCUGCAAAAAAAAAGCCCAUUCUUUAGUGACCACUGGAAAUAA